GGAGCGAGGCAAAGCAAAGCAAAGCGGCUGUGGCGGAGCGGCGAUAAGAUCGCGGCGAUAAGAUCGCGACGAUAAGAUCGCGACAAUAAGAUCGCGACAGCAGCGGGCGGCGACAGCAGCGCAGCUCCCCUCAUAUAUUCAUCGCUCUUGGGAUUCGCUUCCCGCCGCCUUCGGGCGCCUGCCUCGGAUUACAGCAGCGCCAUGACCCUGGAGGAGUUGGUGCCCUGCGAGAGCAGCAAGAUGCAGGCGGUGAGCGAGGCGGUGGAGCGAGUGCUGGUGGCGGCGCAGCGGCAGGACCGGCUCACGGUGGGGGUCUACGAAUCGGCCAAGCUCAUGAAUGUGGACCCCGACAGCGUGGGGCUGUGCCUGCUGGCCGCGGACGAGGAGGACGCGGGGGACAUCGCCCUGCAGAUCCACUUCACCCUCAUCCAGGCCUUCUGCUGCGACAACGACAUCCACAUCCUGCGCCUGUCUGGCAUGCGGCGCUUGGCCGCGCUCCUGGGCGAGGCAGAGCCUGGCACCGAGCCGCGGGACCUCCACUGCCUCUUAGUCACGAACCCCCACGCGGAGGCCUGGAAGAGCCAAGGCUGGGCAGAGGUCGCCAACUACUGCGCCGAGAGCCGCGACAGGAACCAGUGGGUGCCCUGCGUGUGCCUGCAGGAGCGCUGAGGGCUGCGCCCUGCCAGGACCUGGAGCCUGCGGGGAGGAAGAGAGGAGGAAGGAAAAGGGAAGCACCGAACUGAACCCGACCGGAAUUGGCAGGAAUCAACCCAAAGCAGCUCCCCCCCAGAACAAACACCCGGGGGGGGCAAGGGGGGCAGGCGCCUGGCACUGCAGUGCCACCAGCCCGACCCAGCCACCGAGUUCCUUCUGCUUGUUCAACCUGGAGGAGGAAGAGGAGGAGGAAGAGGAGCAGCAGCAGCAGCCCCCCCGGGGGGGGAGGGGCGCAACGGUGGAAGGACGAAGCUGUCCCCCCCCCCGUCCCCCCCACCAGCUGCCCCCAGCUCAUUGGCUGCUGCUUGUUGAUGCCCCUGAUGGGGGGAUGGGGGCAAGGCUGGCAUAGGGGUGGCACCCAACAGCGCCUGGCGGUUGGGGCCGUGCCCAGGGGGAGCUGUGCUUGUGGAGGAGCCCCUGGCAGGGUGGAGGAGGAGAUGAAGCUGAUGAAGAUGAUGAGGAGGAGAAGCCUGCUCUGGUUUUGGUUAUUCUGAGACUGUUUGAUUACUUUAGCUUUUAAUUGAUGUUUCCUUGAAGGGGGGGGUGGGGGUUGGGCAGCUGUGCCCCCGGGGGGGGUGGGCAGCUGUGCCCUGGGGUGGGCAGACAGAGCAGGGACCCCCCCUGAGCUCUGCAGAGCCAAGAACUGCUUUUUCCCAAGGGGGGGGGGGAACCUCCUUGUUCCCAUGGGACAGGGGUAGAGAAGGGCGGGGGGGGGAGGGGCCGGGGGGGUGGGCAGGGGCAGAUGCCAACCUCGGGGCUGUGCCAGAGGUUUUUGUUCUCCUGCUGGAAGAGGAGAGGAAAAAAUAAAGAAAAUGGAAAAUUCUUUUGUAAGAAAACCCAAAAACCUCUGAGGUGCUGCGGGGGGGGGGGGGGGGGGGGCACAGGCAGGUUAGCGGCAAGCCUUGAGCCGAGCCCAGGCAGCCCUCGGGCACAGCCGUGUGGCAUCCCUGGGCACCACCCCGGGUCAG